AUGGACAUUGUAUCAUGGACGUUCGGUAACCUGGAUCCGAAUUCAGAAGAACCCGCAUACAUCGAUGCCAAUGAUCCCACUCGGUACUUAACUUCCAAUGGGGUUCGGACGCUGGUCCGGAAGCUCGUUGCUGGAUUCACAGCUCAUGGGUUGCAAAAGGGAGAUAGUGUCUGUGUUUUGAGCUUCAAUGACAUCAAUUACACUGCCCUAUAUCUAGGUAUAAUGGGCGCAGGAGGAUGUUUCGCGGGAGCUAAUCCAGGAUACACUGUCCGCGAGCUUUCUCACCACGUGAAAGUCACAGGAACGAAAUUCCUCUUGAUUGACGUGAAGGUGUUGGAUGUAGCAACUGCGGCUGCCAAAGAAUGUGGUAUUCCUCUCUCGAAUAUCGUCGUUUUGAACUUCCAUGGAGAGGCUACGCCAGAUGGGUACCGCUCGUGGAACAGUCUUCUUGAUAAGGGAGAGAAAGAUUGGGUUCGAAUCAAAGACCAAGACACCACUGCGGCUUAUUUCAGCACAAGUGGAACGACUGGCUUUCCAAAAGCAGCUAUUAUAAGUCAUGGAUAUCUCGUUUCGCAAGCCAUAUCUCUAGAGCAAGUUUGCGCUACACAGAACUCAAAAGAAAAUGACCCUUGGCUAUUUUCAAUCCCAGCUUUCCAUGCAUUUGCCAUACCCUUCCAACAUGUGUUGGCCCUUCGUCAAAAGAACAAGCCUGCAUAUAUCUUACCGCGCUUCAAUGAUUCUGUUUUCGUUGACCUUCUCCAGAAAUACAAGAUCAGAAGCACCGCUGUCGUGCCGCCAAUCUUACUAUCUAUAGUCAAGUAUCCCGAAUCAGUGUUCAAGUCAUUGAGAACAAUAUUCUUCGGGGGUUCCAACCUUGCGCCUGGGGUGGUAGAACAGAUGUACACAAAAUUACACCCAUCAGCGAUCGUAAAUCAGGUAUUCGGUAUGACGGAGUUGGGGAUUUGCAUACUUUGGAAUAGAAAGGAAAGAGAUCUGACCAACAGUAUUGGACAGCCUCUUCCUGGGUACAAAGUGAGAGUGGUCGAUGACGAAGGAAAUGUGCUUUCGGGACCUGGCGCCACUGGUCAGCUUGAAAUCUUCGGCGAGCACAUAAUGAAAGGAUACCGAAAUAACCGAGAGGCGACAGACGAGGUAUUUACUGCAGAUCAUUGGAUCCGCACUGGCGAUAUCGGAUACAGCAAAGACGAAAAUUGGUACGUCGUUGAUCGUGCCAAGGACCUGUUCAAAGUCCGCGGGUGGCAAGUCAGCCCUGCUGAGAUCGAAGCUGCAUUGAUUGAACAUCCAGAUGUUUUAGACUCGGGCGUAAUCGGAGUACCUGCGGCGGACGGAUGUGGCGAUACACCGAUGGCGUUCAUUGAAGUUCAAAAGGGCAGUUUGUUAGAUGAGGAAGGGGUCAAGAAGUUCUUGGUACCUUAUUUGGCACGGUAUAAAAAUCUUGGUGAAGUUAAGUUUAUCGACAAGAUUCCGAGAAACCCUACUGGGAAGAUCUUGAGAAGAGAGUUGCGGGCUAUGAGAGAAGCAGACAGUGCCACCAACACCAAGUGCGGCCCCAUUGUCAUGCAGAAAUCGCAAGCAGAGGACACCCAAGUUGCUAGUCAAAUGCCACGCCGCUUACCAGUCGUAGAGAAAAAUGAUACUGCUAAUUUAGGUGUCCUAGGUCGACUCUAUUCGGCUCUGAAUGUCUUGGGAUUCUAUCGCGCAACAGCAUUCAUUGCGGUCGGCUCCUACUCAACAGCCGGUAUAUCAGAUCCAGACUCAUGGUUUACGGAUCGCUUUGAUCAAGCUUUGUACAGAACCGUGCAACACCAUCCAUCUCUUUGCUACGGGAUCAUUGACCAAGCCCCCGAGAAAGAAGCUCAUUUCUUAAGACUCCCAGCAAUUCAUAGAGAUGAUGUUGUAGAGUUCUGUGGGCAAUCUCCUAAAUACGAAACAGAAGACGAAGAUUCCGUUCUUGCUAGGUUACUAGAGAAAUUCCACGUUCGGAGGCUUUUCGAAGGACAUCGUAUCCCAGCAUGGAGAAUUGUCAUUUUCAAGCAUGGUGGUGAAUGGGGCUCCAAGUCUUCUGAUCCACCUCCUAGACAGAAAAUCAGCUUUGCUUUCCUCGCAAACCAUGGUCUCGCUGAUGGACUAAGCCUUGCCAAUUUCUUCAAUACCUUCUUCCGCUUCUUCAAUAACGCCCAAACCGAACCAACUCACUGGCCAUUUACCGUGCCCGAAGACUUCAAAGCCGCAGUUCCUCUGGAAAAAACUUGCGACUUGGCGGCUAGGGACGAAAAUGACAUCGGUCUGAAUUUCGAUCCCAAUGCCAAGAUAUGGUCUGGUGCCGAUAUGUUCCUGACCUCUAUAGAAGACUACGGCACUGGCGUACGACUUGUCUCUAUUCCACACGCGCCACUGAGCAACGCACUGCAGCUGUGUAAGAAGCAUAAGAUUAGUUUGACAGGCCUUCUAAAUAGUCUGCUCCUCAUAUACCUUUCCAAGGCCGCUCCCUCAGACCACGGUUUCCGCUCUAUCAUCCCCUACUCCAUGCGUCACGUAACAAGAGCCACCCACGACGAGAUCCUGAACCACGCCUCCGGUCUCGUCUGCGAAUACUCGGAAUCCAUCGUUUCGGAAAUGCGUAGUUCGACAGAAAACUCGACCGAGGAGCUCGACUUAAUCGUUAAACUGGGCCUCGAAUGCCGGCAAAAGCUGACCGCCGAGUUGGUUAGAUGUCCUAAGAACAAUCUUAUGGCGGGUAUGAUAGGAGUCGACGAUUGGUAUAGCUCGUCGAAAAGACAAUUAGGCCAGAAGCGCGCGCUUACGUUUGGGAUAUCGAAUCUGGGGGUAGUUGGAGGCGUUGAAGACGUGGCAGAAAAUGCUAUUUUGAGGUUGGAGAAGAUGGUUAUUUCGCAGUGUGGAUCUGUCACAGGUCCUGUUUUUGGCUUCAAUAGUGCGAGUAUUCCGGGAGGUCCAUUGGCUAUCACUUUAACCUGGCAAAAGGGCGUUGUUGAGGAGAAAUUCUUUGACGAGAUGGCGAAGUAUCUGUCUAGGCGAUUGAUGUCUGGCUUGAAAGAAUUAUCUGAGCUUUCGAUGUAG